AUUAUUUGCUUUUAAUUUCUCUUAAACAAGGAGCAUUUUUUUUUUAACCAGCGUGAGUGAUUUCUUGGUAAUCAGCUGUGCAAAUGAACACUGACGUGAAGCAUGCGAUUGUGACGAAAGUUGUUGGUAGGACAGGAUCAAGAGGGCAAGUUACUCAGGUGAGAGUGAGGUUUACGGAUGAUGCAAACCGCCAAAUUAUGAGGAAUGUCAAGGGACCUGUUAGAGAAGGUGAUAUCCUUACUCUUCUUGAGUCAGAAAGGGAAGCAAGAAGGUUGCGUUGAUGGUUUUUUUUUUUUUUUUUUAUUUAUCUAUGGUUCAAAUUCAGAUAUAUGACUGAGUUUUAGUAUCUAUGAACAUUUUGUGAGAAUGGAUACUUUGUUUGGGAUGCUAUGGCAGAUUUUAUUUUAGAAUAAAUGCUAUGUAGUUGGUUUAAAGUUUAAACAAGCAUGUUUUGAUUUUUGCUGUAGUAAACCAGUUAUAUCUGGAUUUUGAUUAUAUAUUUAUGCUGCUUUA